UGAGCCGUUGCCGGUGGAUACGACCUGGUUGCUACCGCCGCAGCAAGACCAUCCCGCUUUGCGGCGGGCUCUGGUGAAAACCAGUAGCAACCCUAGAACCGGUCCACCGACAUGGUCCACGCCAAUCCCUCGCUGACACAGAGGAUCCACAUCCAGCUAGCCGAAUCCUAACAAGUAUCUGGUUCCCCUGGCCCGUGUUCUGUGCGUGGGUUCUGCAGAACGAUCGCCUCCAUCUUAUGUUCCGUUCUCGGCGCUCUCUUUUGGUGAGGCAGCUUUGGAAGCAGCGCUGCAUAACAUCAAACCGGGGUCAGGGGGAAGGGGCGCCCCCCAACCCCGAGGACCUCCACAAUGCCUUGCGCCCAGCGGUCCAUCAGCUAUUCAAGAAGCUAAAGGAUGAGCACCUAUGGCAGCUGUCGGAGGCGGUGAAGAGCCGGGGCCGCUGGGACUGCGGCUGCAUAUGGCUGCCCUGGGAGGUGCGUGCAGGGAAACAGGUGCUGCCCCCUCAGGUUCUCCUCUGCCGGCUGUACCGAUGGCCGGACCUCCGCACCAACGCCGAGCUAAAGAGCCUGAGCCACUGCCAGAACUUCUGGAGAAGAAGCGGAGAGGGCACCACCAUCUGCUGCAACCCCUACCACCUCAGCCGGCUGGCAGCACCAGAAGUCGCCAUCUCCUUCGGCUCUAAGGUGAAAUCCUGCCGCACCGUCCUGUCCAGAGUGCCGCUCACUGAGGAGGAAUCCGACUUCUAUAAUGUGCGCGGAUUACAAGACACCACUCUGUCCAGGGGCUCCAUCCAGGACGGGCACUGGUGUAAGCUGGCGUACUGGGAGCACCGCACACGUGUGGGGCGCCUCUACAGCGUCACCGAACCCUCCGUCGACAUCUUCCAUGAUCUGCCCAAGGCCAGUGGAUUUUGCCUGGGGUUCUUGGGCUCUGGGCCCAGCAAUGAGAUAGUGAGACGCACCCGGAAGAAGAUCGGCCAGGGCCUGGUCCUGAGCAAUGAGCAAGGAGAUGUGUGGGUGUAUAACCGCAGCGAACACCCCAUCUUCAUCAACUCGCCCACCCUGGCCACUGCCCCCGCCCGCGGGCAACCUGUGCAUAAGGUUCUGCCCGGAUUCUCCAUCAAGGUCUUCGAUGCUGAACAAGCAGCUCAUUUAUUGGGGUGUUAUGACCUGGGGGACGGGCCCUGUGACCCCCACAGUGUGCGCAUCAGCUUUGCCAAAGGUUGGGGUGCCUACUAUUCCCGUCAAUUCAUUACAUCCUGCCCCUGCUGGCUGGAGAUCCUGCUGAGCACCCCAGAUAUUGUCUGUGCCCCCUACUGAAUAGAAACAUUCUUUAUCACUGCCCACGUGAUGUCCUCAUACUGAGCCCCA